AUGGUGGUUAAGGCAGGAAAUACUUAUACCAAAGCAAUAUUUGAGGAUUUCCAAGCUCAGUAUAUCAAAUCACUUGAAUUGGACAUGAUAUCUUGUGACAAAGAUGGUGUGGAUUUGGUGUAUACAGUUGUCCUACGUGGUAACUCGAAAGAGCGACGUGUUAGAAAACAGAAAGAUGGUGAUGUCUCUUGUAGUUGUAGGUUGUUUGAGAUGAAAGGUUUCUUGUGCAGCCAUGCACUGAAAAUUCUUACUAAUUACAUGAAUGUCAAAGAAAUUCCUGACCAGUAUAUCUUAAAAAGGUGCACAAGAAAAGCAAGAUCUAAAAGUGUGAAAGAUAUGCAUGGACGUGAUAUUCAGACAUAUGUGAAACCACAACAAACAUCUCGAUAUAGGUCUUUAUGUUCCAUGUUUACCAUGAUAUCAUCUCGAGCUGAGAGCGAAGAAACAUAUAAGAUUUCUGUUAGUCAUUUGAAUCAACUAAGCAAAACCAUUGAAGACAUGUUAAGUUCAAAAAUGGAUGGUCAAGUACAUGAUAAGAAUGGCCAAGGGUCACCUUCCACCAUUGUGACAGAUGGUGCUAAUGAGACUAUGAACUUGAUGAUAGAUAAGCCACAUACAGCUUCAAAUGUUGAUCAAACUGGAGAUGGCAUAUGGAAUCAUGGGUCAAUAUAUCAAUAG